AUGCCAACCAACCUCGAGAUACCAGUCUUCUCCCCCGCCUCGGCCCUGCACGCCCAGGCCCUCGGCGCGCAGCGCAUCGAGCUCAACGCGCGGGGCAGCUACCCGGCAGGCGGCACGACCCCGACGCCCGCGGACCUCGAGGGCGUCACGAAGUGGCUCACGGUGCCCGUGCGGAUCAUGAUCCGGCCGCGCGGACCCCCCGCCGACGGCGCGCCGGAUUUCGUCUACUCCGAGACGGAGCUCGCGCGCAUGCUCGUCGACGUCGAGGCCUUUCGCGGGUUACUCAGAAAGGACCGCGGGGACGGGUUCGUGUUCGGCGUCGUGCGGGUCGAGGAGGAGGGCCGGGUGGUCGUGGACGUGGAGAGGAAUCGGAGGCUCGUCGAGGCCGCGGGGGGCUUGGCGUGUUCGUUCCACCGGGCUUUUGACGAGGUCGUGCGGGACGGGACGGAGGAGGCGGUCGGGAGGGGGGUGAGGGAGCUCGGGGAGUGCGGGUUUGCCGGGGUGUUGACGUCCGGCGGGCCCGGGAACGCGGUGGGGAAUCGGGCGGUGCUGGAGAGGAUUGUGAGGGCUGCGGAGCCGAGGGGUCUGGAGGUUAUUGUCGGAGGGGGUGUGAGGAGUGGGAAUGUGGCCGGGGUUGUGGAUGGGCUUGGGGGAGUCUGGGCUCACUCGAGUUGUUUGAAGGGCGAAGGGGAGGUUGAUGAUGAGGAGGCGAUGGGGAUUUUGGAGGUUCUUGCUGAGAGGUGA